GUAACUUUAAACCGGAAGUAGAAACUUUUUGCCUGGCGCAAAAGUCAAAUUUGAAAACAAAGGUACGCAGACAUCCCACGAAGGGGAAGGUUUAAGGAUUACCUGUUUGACAGAAUUGUCAACACAAGCAGGAUGGUUGCAAUGAGGGACAUUUUCAAGCAGUGCCAGAGUGGCAUGCAGUGUCAUGGAAAACUUCUUAAAGAGCUCCAGAAAAUCCAUGACAAGAGUGACAUAGACAACUUUUGGAAGGAUUUCAAGCUCUUCAUGAUGUACUCUAUGAUCAUUCAGCAGAGGGCACCCUCUGUUGAGCGCACCAUUGAUUUUAUUGCUAAAUUUGUAACAAUGACCACCUCCAGUGUUCCAGAGCCAGAGGACCAGAAUGACUCCACUAUGGAUGACGUAACCAACAACAAAUUAUUGCAAAAAAUGCUGGAUUUCCUUCUUGAGAAUCAUUCUGCCAGUGACAAGGCAGUGAGGUUUCGAAUCAGUCAGCUGAUUCACAAAAUUCUAGACAACCUGGGAGAGGACGCCAAGAUAGAUGAUGAUUUGUAUGACAAGAUCUAUGACUGCAUGCUGGAGAGACUGAGAGACAAGAUUCCUAUUGUUAGGAUGCAUGCUGUGUUGGCUCUGACAAGAUUGCAGAAUCCACGAGACGAGAACUGUCCAGUUAUCAAAGCGUACCUUUUCCUGAUGAGUUCAGAUCCCAAUCCAGACAUACGAAGAAUUGUGCUGUCUAAUAUCGCUCCCUCUGUGAAAACCCUGCCAGCCGUUUUGGCUCGAACAAGAGAUGUCAGAGACAGUGUAAGGAAAACAGCCUAUACCGUAAUGGGAGAAAAGAUCCACAUCAAGGCACUGUCAAUCGCAAACAGAGUCCGACUGUUACAUGACGGCUUGACUGACAGAUCAGAUUCUGUGAAGGCUGCCUGCUCCGGUAAACUGCUGCAGGCCUGGCUGAGGACAUUUGGAGGGAACGUGUUGGAGUUAUUGGGAAGUCUGGAUGUGGAGAACUCGACCGAGACUUGUGAGCUUGUGCUGAAGACUCUCCUAAAGGAGGCUCCAUUACCAGAAGUAGUGCAGAAGUUUGACAUCCUUGAUGACAAGGUGCUCAUUCCUCAGGACAAGUUGACCAGUGAGAACUCCAUGUACUGGCAAUCGGUCUGUAAACAUGUCCACUCACUGGGUGUUGAUGGGGACGAGUUUCUGGACAAGGUGCUACCAAACUGUAUAGAAUUCUGCCAGUACAUCAGACAAUAUGUGGCCACACUGAAGGAGAGUACAGACAUUGACACACAGAUGGAGACCGAGUUCAUAGUACAGCAGCUGUUGUCCAUGAUACAGUACAUGGAGCUGGCAGACCAGUCGUCACGGAAAGCUGUAGAGAGCCUUCUCCAUGAUAUGCUGAUCAUGGACCAUGUCAGUCACAGUCUGGUGAAGUACAUCAUUGAGCCUCUGUGUAAAAUCAAGUCUCACUCUUCAAGCCUGGUGCCAGUCCUGGCCGAGAUCGUGUCUGAAAUCAGAGAGCCAAUCACAACAGUUGAGACAGGACCUUCCGACGAUGAACGCAGGCAAAAUGACAUCAAGAUUGCAAACAUUCGAGUGAAGCUGAAUGAAUUAAAAGAGAUCUUGGAUGAGACUGUUCGUAGUCAGGACUUUUCUCGAGCCGCAGAGGUCAAACAGAACAUUUCUGAGUUGGAAGCUGAGAGAAAUCAACUCCUGGAUCUUCCCCAAACACAAACAGAAGAAAUACGCACAGAAAAGACUGAUGUGGCCACCAUUUUGAAGUGUCAUGCUAUUGUUGCUGAGAUGUUGGAGGUUCUUUCUCUGACAAGUGUUAGCCCCACCCUUCAUAUGUUGAUAGAAUCCCUGAUUUUGCCGGGGAUUCAGAAUGAAGAUGGGAGGAUUCGAAAUCUUGCUGUAAAGGCUCUAGGUCUGUGCUGUGUCAUCAGCAAGGAUUUAGUGAUGCAGUAUCUUCCUCUGUUCAUGCAGGCUUCUCAAAUUGACGUUGAGCUGGUUCGCUGUACGGCCCUGAGAGUGAUCUUUGACAUGUUGCACCUGCAUGGUCUGGAGGUCAUGCAGAGGGGUCGUCCAGACGAUGAGACGUCAUCCAACUCCACUGCCGACAGCGUCCUGGAGAGACAGGACAGUACGGAGGAUGGAAGCUCUGGGGCUGCGGGCGCUAAACUGGUGGCCAUCCUGUGUGCCUUCCUGGAUGAAGAGAGUUCUGAGUUGAGAACGGUGGCUGGUGAAGGCCUGGCCAAGCUUCUUUUGUCUGGGAGGGUGGUGUCCUCCAAGAUCCUGUCCCACCUGAUCCUGAUCUGGUACAACCCCACCACGGAGGACGAUACCCACCUCAGACACUGUCUGGGAACCUUCUUCCCAAUCUAUGCAUUCGCUGGCAGAGCUAACCAGGAAGUUGUAGAAGAGGCAUUCAUUCCUACCCUGAAGACUCUGAGAAAUGCCCCUCUCUCCAGUCCACUGGCAGAGGUCAAUGCAGAGAAUGUGGCUGAGUUACUGAUUCAGCUAACCAACACUAAACUGCUGCUGAAGAAUCAAAAUGAUACCGAGACGGUGAAGGAAAACCCAAGACAUGACAGUAUAGCCAUAAAGAUCUGCAAUGAGGUUUUAUCCAACCCUGACUCAUUUAAUCUGAAACUGUGGGUUAAAAUUCUCAACAAACUGGAGCUGAGUGAGUCCAAUGAUGAGGCCUUCAAAGAGUUAGCUGUUCUGGCUGACCAAAUGCUGGAGGUGGUCAAGGAGAAAUCCAGCAUCAAGACCCUAAAGAAGUUUGCCGAGGGUGUGAAGGAGAAGGUGCCAGCGCCCGUUACAGAGGAGGAGGCGGCGGCAGACAAAGAAAACCAGGAGAAUAUGGAGACCACCGAGGGAGAGGAAACCACUCCAAACGCUGAAAUGGACAAGACAAGUGUAGGGGAUAAAACUCAAGACAAAUCUCAGAUGAACGAUACAGCUCUCCAUUUAGAUGGUUCGCUUUUUCAAGAGUCGAGUACACUUCGUAGAGUUCCAAGUAAAUCUGGUGGAAUUUCACCAAGAGUGGCAAAUCCAACCCUGGAUCCUGACGUUGCCAAGAGUCCCAUUGCAGCUCUGUUUUCAAAGCCGUUUGAUUUCAAAACUCCUGAUAAAACAAGAAAUUCAAAAGCAAAGAGCUCUCUAAACAUGUCAGAGCUUACUUCAGACACCAACACAGAAGAUAAAACUGAGGAGGGUGAGCCAAAGACUGAUGAGGAAAAAGAAAAAUCUCCAGACUCCAGGGGAAAGAAGAGAGGUCGGAAACCACCGGAGCCUUCCAGUCCGGAAAAAACAGAAACUACAGGGAAAAAAUCUAAGAAGGCAGCUGAUAAGAAACCUAGCCGAUUAAGAGGAGACAAGACACCAGAGGAAGAAGGGAAGAGUGAAGACAGCUCGCCAGCAGACAAGAAGAACCAGAAAGCAGGCAAGGGAACUAGUCCCCCUGCAAAAGCCAGUCCAAAGAAGUCUGUAGCAUCAAGGAAAGCAGAGAAAGUGAAAGAUCUCAAAAUCAAAAAUUUAAGCCCUGUUGUAGUCCUCACAAGAACAGAUGAAGCACAAGCUGCUGCAAAGGGUACCUCCAGGGUGACGAAGACAACAGAAAGUAAGAAAUCACCAGUAGCUGAAAAUGUGGAGUCACCUAGAAAAGUAAAGAGUAAGAAUUUGGGGAAACCUCAAUCAAAAGAAGUUAGCGCUAAAAAGAGUAAAGAAUUGACAUCUCCCAAGUCACCCUUGGUAAAUCAAAAGAAAAAGCAGAAAUCUCCUGCAAAGUCGGAGGAGGAAGAGGAGGAGGUUCCAUUGAAGACAAGAAGAACACCAAGGGCCCGACUCUCUCAGUCGAUCAACAUUCAAAGCCCAGGGAGGAACUCGCCAAGGAAAGGAGAUCUCUCUAUAACCAAAGGGGUUAAAAAUAAUUCGGGCUCAAAGGAGAGUUUGAAUGAGUCGCCUAAAAAGCUACUGCGGACACCAAAACACACAGAUGUCAAAUCACCAAUGAGGGGAAAGAAGACCCAAUGUCCUGUUUCUGAAGGCAUUUCUCCCUCUCCACAAAAGAAAUCAAAACUGGUUGAGCCGAGCAAUAAAACAAGAAAAGGGUCUCAAGGUGAGAAAUCGGAAAAUGAUACCCCAAAGAAGAAUGUCAAUAGCCCUGUUACAAGAAGUGGAAAGAGAAAUGUAUCAGGGACAGGUGAUUCAACUACAAGUGGCAGAGAUUUGAAAAAGGCAGCUCCAGUUGAUACUGCAAAGCCCAAGAAGACAACUACCUCUUCAGUCAGUAGCCCAAGCAAAAGAACUCGAGGGGGUGCUAACCUAUCCGAAUCUGAGACAAAUUCUCCCAGGGUAACCAGAACCAAACUGUCUUCACCAGAGUUGAUUUCUAGCUCACCCAUAUCACCAGAAUCCUCCAGAAGGAGCAAGAGAUUAAACACCACUAAUAAUCAGUCAAUCUCAUCCCCAGCGAGAUCAACCCCUAGACUCAAGAGAGCUGAUAUGAAGGAGAAUAAAUCGCCUGGGAAGGAAAGCACUCCAGGAGCCAAGAAAGAAACAAGACAACUAAGCAAGCCUUCAGUCUCAGAGAGCUCAAAGAAAAAGGCAACUCCCAGUCCAUCACAACCUACCAAGGCCAGGAAACUGGCGUCUGAAUCGGAUGGAGACUCGCAAAGUUCACCUUCUACUCUGAGGUCAAGCAGACGUUCUACUCAGUCUACUGUUAGCAGUCAGGAAUCUAUUAAGAAAGCUAAGGGCGUUCUGUCUGAGUCGAUCAACCUUUCACCUAGACACGCCACUCAGGCUUCCCUAGCUGAGGGAGACUCCUCAGUGAAGAAAACGAGAAGCCAGAAGAGUCCGACAACCACUGCCUCCUCUCAGUCGGAGUCUGAUGUAUCGCCAGCACGUUCUACUCGUUCCAAGAAAGCACCUGCUCCUUCCGCAGCCAAACUGAAGCAGAGUCAUUCUACUGCAGUCAGGGUAUCUGCUAAGAUGACAUGGAAUGAGGAAAAUGGGAAAAGCAAGAAAGUGGUAGAGCAGAAAACUAGGCUAAGGUCCACCAGAGGAUCCCAGAAAUAAUUUUCCACGAGUUUCAAAACAUUAGCAUCCUGGUAUAGACCAUCUCCAAAAUGUGUUCAGAUUUAAUCAGACACUAUGUUGCUCAACUGAGCUGUUGAUGUCUUUGGAAAUUUUCUAAGUUAAUGAUUUUAUGUCAAAGAUGAAGCUGCUGUAUUCUUGAUUUAUUUAUUAUGGUAAAUUUUAAUCAGUGAAAAUUUUUAUUCUCUUGAAGAGGCGAUAUUUAAAUUGUGUGUUCAUUAAUAGAACCGGUACAUGUGUUGCGUAAUUUCAUCUGACCUUGUACUGUGAGUUCUUGUACUGGUAGAUUCUUUAAUAUGCAGUGAAGAGCAUGUAAAAAUGUUAUUGAAAAUCAAUAAAGUAUUCUAUUCCAACUC